CGGGGCUUAUUGGCUAGCGUAGAACUGGAGUUGCUUCUGAUUGGAUGGCUUUCCUCUCACUCACUCCCUUUAGUUGCUCCAAGCAGCUAGGAGAGCAGAGCGUAGAUGGUACAAUGACUGCGAUUUACGCUGUUUGUCGCGAGAAUACCCAGCCGAGCCUUGCGUUUGGGGGUGCUCAUUGGUCAGGUUGCUCAUUACACCUCAAGUUAAUCACCUUGAGGCGGGGCUCCUUCAUCCAAUCAGCUUUCACUGGGCGGAGCCGGCAGUGACGCAGCCGAUUUGGAGGUCGCGGGAAAAGCGCGCGGGCGCGGGGUUUUCAAGCUUCCAGAGGAGGUGAAGCUGGGUCGUCAUGAGCCUCUGGGUGGACAAGUACCGGCCCACCUCCCUGGGACGGCUGGAUUAUCACAAAGAGCAGGCGGCCCAGCUGCGGAACCUGGUACAGUGUGGGGACUUCCCUCAUCUCUUAGUGUAUGGACCAUCAGGAGCUGGGAAAAAGACGAGAAUUAUGUGUCUCCUGAGGGAACUCUAUGGAGCUGGAGUAGAAAAGCUAAGGAUUGAACAUCAGACCAUCACAACCCCAUCUAAAAAGAAAAUUGAAAUCAGCACAAUUGCAAGUAAUUACCAUCUUGAAGUCAACCCAAGUGAUGCUGGAAAUAGUGACCGGGUAGUAAUUCAGGAACUCUUGAAAACAGUGGCACAAUCUCAGCAACUUGAGACAAGCACCCAAAGAGAAUUUAAAGUGGUUUUACUGACUGAAGUUGACAAACUUACCAAAGAUGCUCAGCAUGCUUUACGUAGAACUAUGGAAAAAUAUAUGUCUACUUGCAGAUUAAUACUGUGUUGUAAUUCUACAUCAAAAGUAAUACCACCUAUCCGCAGUAGGUGCCUUGCAGUGCGUGUUCCCGCUCCCAGCAUUGAAGAUAUUUGCCAUGUAUUGUCCACUGUGUGCAAAAAAGAAGGUCUGAAUCUUCCUUCAGAGCUGGCUCAUAGGCUUGCGGAGAAAUCCUGUAGAAAUCUCAGGAAAGCCCUGCUUAUGUGUGAAGCCUGCAGGGUGCAACAGUAUCCUUUUACUUCAGAUCAAGAUAUCCCUGAGACAGAUUGGGAAGUAUAUCUGAGAGAGACUGCAAAUGCUAUUGUCAGUCAGCAGACUCCCCAAAGGCUACUUGAAAUUCGUGGACGACUUUAUGAGCUACUAACUCAUUGUAUUCCUCCUGAAAUAAUAAUGAAGGGCCUUCUCUCAGAACUUUUAAAUAAUUGUGAUGGACAACUGAAAGGUGAGGUUGCACAGAUGGCAGCUUACUAUGAACAUCGUCUUCAACUUGGUAGCAAAGCCAUUUACCACCUUGAAGCAUUUGUGGCAAAGUUCAUGGCGAUUUAUAAGAAGUUUAUGGAAGAAGGAUUAGAAGCCAUGAUGUUCUAAAGUCUUUAAAUUAGUAGCCAUUCCCAGCAUGUCCUAAUAUUGAUAUUUUUCAUAUGCAAUUCAUGUUGUUAGCACUGUGGGUCAAAUAAAUUCAUAUUAAUCAUCUUCUUGUUUUCAGUAUUAGUACCUGUGUGAAGUAUUUGUCAUCUAGUCUAAUGGAAGGCUAUAAUUAUGGUGUUAAAAAAACUAGAAUAAUGGUAAUUUCUGCUAUUAAUAAAUUGUUACAUGAUAUUGGGUUUAGAUGUGAACUGUUUUGUGUUCCUUGAUUUUAUUAGCCUACAAUUCUUGCAGGAGGAUUUAGCCUUGAAUCUUGGCUCUGCCAUUUCCUAUCUGUGGGAUGUUGGUCAAGUUACUUAAUCUCUUUGAACCUUGACUUUCUUAUCAAUAAAAUGAUGGGGUUGAACCAUCUAACCUUUAAGGACUUUUACAUCUCUGAUGCUAUACUCCAGUAAGAAAUAAACCAAAUAGAAUCAGCAUCCAAUCCUCUAA